AUGGCCGCCUCAAUCAGAGCCAAUUGCCGAAAGGUCAUCUGUAUUGGUCGGAACUAUGCUGACCACAUUGCGGAGCUCAACAACACCAAGCCCAAGCAGCCUUUCUUCUUCCUGAAGCCCUCCUCUUCCAUCCUCUGCCCUGGUGAGGGUCCAGUGCUGCGCCCCAAGGGAGUCAAGCUGCACUAUGAGGUGGAGUUGGCACUGGUGAUGGGCAAGACGGUUCGGGAUCUGGACCCGAAUGAUGAGAAGGGUGCUCUGGAUGCGAUUCACAGCUACCUCCUUGCCAUCGACAUGACCGGCCGCAACGUUCAGGACGAGGCGAAGAAGAAGGGCCUCCCCUGGUCCAUCGCCAAGGGCUUCGAUACCUUCCUUCCCAUCUCGCAGGAGAUCCCCAAGUCGCGCAUCACUGACCCACACAAUGCGUUCCUGCGCCUCAGCCUCGGCUCUCAGCUUCGCCAGGCAGACUCGACGGGACUCAUGCUCUACCGCAUCCCGAGACAACUGGCCGAGAUCUCGCGGGUCAUGACUCUGGAGAAGGGCGAUCUCGUGCUGACGGGUACUCCCAAGGGGGUCGGGGAGGUCAAGGCGGGUGAUGUGAUGAAGGCAUCGAUUGAGGUGGACGGAAAGGAGAUCGAAGAGGGCAGGAUUGAGGUGGAGGUGAAGGACCGCGAGGGAAGAUACGUGUACGGUGAGACGUGA